GUUAACACCAGGUGGCAAAGACAUCGUUAUUGCGGCAUUGCAUAGACAGCUGAUGUGGGUUAGAUGGUAUCCGCAUAAGCCGUAACACAAGCCAUAUAACUUUAGACUAUGUUGUAACAGCUCUCUGAGACAACAUUUUGGUCUUUAAAUCAUACUUUAAUUUUGAAAUAAGUAACUGAUCAAUGGAAAUGGAGGCAUCAAAGAUAAGCUUGGUGUCAUCACAUCACAAACUUUACCUCACCUUCAGCAUUCAGGAGAUACUUGUGUGAUUUUACCAAAGAAAGAACAGUGCUAACAAUUUUCAGACUUAUCAGUCUUGCACUUGCUUUAGUCGAGUGCAUAAUCAGUAAAGGCAGAAUGCCAGCAGAAGAAGCUGUUGUGACCAUUCUCCAUUUCAAUGAUUGUUACAAUGUGGAACCCCAGCCCCAAGAACCAGUGGGUGGAGCUACAAGGUUCUGUACUGCUUUAAAGAGUUUUAGUGACUUGGAUCCAAUGAUUCUGUUCAGUGGUGAUAUUUUUGCUCCAUCAAUAAUGAGUACCUUCACAAAAGGAGAGCAGAUGAUACCUGCCCUGAAUGCUUUUGGUGUUCAUUGUGCUGUGUUUGGAAACCAUGACUUUGAUUUUGGGGUGGACAAUCUGUCUAGUUUUGCUAAACAGACAACAUUUCCAUGGCUGAUCAGCAAUGUAAUUGACAAUGAUACAAACCAGCCCCUGGCAGAUGGACAGGUAGUCUUCAUCAUGGAGCGAGCUGGGAAGAAGUUUGGAAUAAUUGGUCUGGUAGAAGAAGAAUGGUUAGCAACACUUGCUACAAUAGACCCAGAUGAUGUCACAUACGUAGACUUUGUCUCUGAAGGUCGUAAACUGGCUCGGCAACUGAGAGAUAAGGAGGAAGUUGAUUAUGUUAUUGCAUUGACUCACAUGAGAUGGCCCAAUGAUUGUCGACUUGCUGAAAAUGUGGAUGAGAUAGACCUUAUUCUCGGAGGACACGACCAUGAUUAUGAUAUAAAAAAGGUUAAUGGAAAAUAUGUAAUUAAGAGUGGAACAGACUUCAGGGAAUUUUCAAAAAUCACUUUGACCUUUAAUCACUCAGAUAUAGAUCUUAAUAUUGACAAAAUUGAUGUAACUUCAGAGUUUGAAGAAGAUCCUGAUCUGAAGAAAGGAUUGGAAAAAUACAAUGAUAUUGUUGAAGGAAAGAUGGACACUCUUCUCGGUCAUUUUAUUGUCGACUUGGAUGGUCGCUUUGCUAGUAUUCGAACAAAAGAAACAAAUCUUGGUAAUUUUGUCUGUGACAUUAUGUUGUCUUCUACACAUUCUGACUUAGCUGUUUUAAACUCUGGAACUUUACGCUCUGAUCGGAUACAUCCUGCUGGAGAUUUUACGAUGAGAGACUUGGUUACAAUCCUACCCAUGUUAGAUCCCCUGCUGGUUCUUAAUGCUACAGGAGAACAAGUAUGGAAAGCUUUAGAAAAUGGUGUGUCACAGUAUCCUAAGCUGGAAGGGAGAUUUCCUCAAGUUGCUGGAGUUAGUUUUGCCUUUGAUCCUGCAAAACCUCCUGGAAGUAGAAUUGAUCCUCGUUAUGUAAAAAUUGGAGAUGAAUUCAUGGAGCUUGAUCAGAGAUACAAGCUGGUGACCAAAAGCUAUCUUGCUGCAGGAAAAGAUGGGUAUGAUAUACUAAAGGAAUGUGAGAUUCUGUUGACAGAAGAGGAAAGCCCAGAACUCCGUACAGCUGUGCAAAACCACUUUGAGUCUAUUAAUGUGCUCACCGGUGCCGUCCACCACCGUUCUCGUCACCGUCAAAGCUUGGUGUGUGUAUCUCGCAGACACAGUGUUGUCAAGAUGUAUGAAGACAGUAACCUUCAAAUUCAUCGUGUUCCUCUACAGCGAGGAUAUAGUUUAGAUGCAGUUGGUAAGCGAAACCAGUUUGUUACCGUGAAGCAAACUUCACUUGAUGACAUUGAGCAUGAGCAAUGCAAGUUGGAACCAAAAGAAGAAGGCCGAAUCUCUAUCCUAACUGAAGAGGUAAGAGAGCAACUGGAUCAUGAGCGAGAAGAGCAGAUGUGUCACAUAAUGGAUGAGGUGAUCGAGGAAGAGUCAUCCUCUGGCAGCUUUGACAAAAAUUAAUGUCAUUCUUCUCUGUCCUCCACCCAUUUCAUUCUGUAAAUGUAUAAUAAGUAAUAUCUAAGUAUUUUUUGUUGUAAAAACUUAUAAAAAUUCCAAUGUGUGCUUCCUGUUUUUCAACAGUAAACAUAUAUAUACAUGGACAAAAGCUUUACGAAACUGUUGGAGCAAGAAAUUAAAAGCUUGUUGUUGUAGACUAGGGCCAUUUUUAAAUGGUAAUCUUAUUUAACUUGAAAUUUUAGUUGUCCGACAUGAAAAUUUUCAAGGUGUAGUAAUAAACACCAAGAAAAGCUCAUUGUACAUGUAACUUAAAUACCUGUUUUAUGACAGAAAUGUCAAAUAUUGUUAUUGAUGUAAAGUGAGUGAUUGAUAGAAAAUUAUGCUUGUUAUUAAUCAUUAACUAUUAUCAUGUGACUUAUUUAUGAAAUCUGUAUAAAAAAAUAAAAAAUUAUAUAAUAAUUUUUCAAUAUAAUGAUUAAAGUAACUUAUAUUGACAUUGAAAUCAUAAUCUUAUUUAAUAACAGAAGUGUUUUCCUUUUAUAAUGUAUUUAUUAGAUACUGAAAUCAACUCAGAAGCUCCAGUGUAUUUUCUUCAAGAGCAAACUUUUCAACAGUGUUCAAACUUCUGGAGUAUUUUCAAUAUUUUUCUUUUUGCAACCCUCUGUCUGAUAUAUUUUUGUUAAUGUAUUUUUAAAGAGACAACACCAAUACAUACAGUAAAUUUGAAAAACAGAUGGUCAUACUACAGAGAAAAAAAGAAGUAAAAUCUUGAAUCCACUUAAUAUGAAUAAUACUGAAAAUCAGAAUUUUUAUAGUUUAUUUUAUUUACAUAAUUAAGAUUUAAUCAAAACCAAGUAAGAACCACAAAGAGUAGUUUCUUUUUUAACAAAGUUUGAAAAGUAUUUGUAAUCUAACAGUACAUCUGUGCAGUUCAGUGACUGUAUAAUAAUUUGUUUACAGUAUUUUACUGAAAUAUUACUCAUUUCCAAUCAAAAAAUUAUAUGAAGCUAUAGAACACAAAAAUGGAAUAAUUCACAUUUCUUUUUCUUAUACUAAUCCUAUUUCUACUUAGUCCAGCUAUAUUUCAAGUGCAACAUAUUUGAGCAACUAUUCCAACAAUGCUAAGUGCAACAACAGUCUAAUUUUUUUCCAUAAGUACAACUUAGGCACUUUUUUUUUUUGUGUUAAUUCUUUCCUUGCCAUGCGAAAAGAAA